CAAGCAGAAGGCGGGAGCGUGGGUAAAUCAGCAUCAGCCGGCCAAGAAUUUGCAGAUUAUUUGUCUAUUGUAAUUGUUUGAGCCCGUUUUCGAACUUUCCCUCGCACCCGUGUCAGCCCGCCCUAAUAUAGUCUUGCACGAUGGCAGCUCCGCAAGCACAGCUGGACUUUUUAGUGACGGCGGGAAGUAUGCUGGAAUGGCAUGACAAUCUGGACAGGAAUAAGCCGGGUCUGCUGGAAUUGACCGGCGUUAGUCAGCAUGGACGAGCCACGAUGAGUGGGCUCAAUGACUACGAUUACCAGAGCCUGUCGUUCCUCAAAUCGGACGAAACACAUAACCUACAACAGCUGCGGACGGUGACCAAAUCGGCCAUACCCAACGAGAUCCUGGAGCACUUCAAGCACAUAAAAUGCCACUGCACCAUGGGCCUGUUCCCGGAAAUCGGACGCGCCUGGCUGACCAUCGACUCGGAGAUCUACAUUUGGACCUUCAACCAGGCACGGGACGUGGCCUACUACGAUGGACUUAGCCACCUGAUUGUUAGCGUUGGCCUGAUCAAACCGAAGGCCGGCGUUUUUGUGGAGGAAGUCAAGUACCUCCUGCUCCUCACCACGCCCAUCGAGGUCAUUGUCCUGGGCGUCACCUUCGGCGAGGGUUCGUGCAACGAAAUGCAGCUGAUGAACAGGCCCAUCUUUGUGAUUGCCACCGACAACGUGUCCAUAAGCGUCAUCAAGGGCACAGACGACGGGCGCAUCUUUCUGGGCGGUCGCGAUGGCUGCCUCUAUGAGAUAUUCUACCAGGCCGAGUCCAGUUGGUUUGGCAAGCGCUGCAAGAAGAUAAACCUCUCGCAGGGACUGGUCUCCUUCAUGGUUCCCAGCUUCCUCAAAGUUUUCUCGGAAGUGGAUCCAAUCGAGCGAAUAGAGAUCGAUAACAGCCGGAAGCUCCUCUAUAUUUUAACUGAAAGAGGUUCCAUUGAAGCCUGGGACAUUAGUACGGACUACACGAAUGCGCGAAGACUAGGAAGGAUCACCCAAAACGAUAUUACAAACCAGGCAGUUAGUCUGAUCACGACUGUGGACCCGUCUAUUUUUAAAAGUGUCAAGGCCAUUUGCCCUCUGAGUGCCGACGACGCCGGCAAACUGCACCUGGUGGCUGUGACGCAGUGCGGUGUGCGACUUUACUUCUCCACCACAUCUCUAAUUGUGCAGCAGCAAUUCAAUGCCACAGCGGUUUGCAACCAGGGCGACAAUACAGGAUUUGGUCAGUCGGUAACGCAGCCACCACUGUCGCCUGGGGCAGAUGCCCCGAAGGGACUGUAUCUGCUGCACGUGCGAUUGCCACCCGGCUACACUCCAAACGCCACCACCAACAAGCCAAAGCAGGUACAUGCCGCGCACUACACAGAGGGCACCAUGUUGAUGAUCACCACACAGCAGCAGGAGCAGGACCUCCUUUGGUCCGUCAGCUCGGCUCCAUCGGUUAACUUUACCUACCUGGUGGAGUCGACGGCUCUGGAGAGCCUGGAUGGAGUGGUCUGGGGUCUGGCCGAGGUGCAAGAGUCGUCGAAGCGGGUUCUAAAGUCCCCCUUGAACAGUGCCCGCCACUCGCGCAAAGUAGCGCUGCUCACCAACCAGGGCACACACAUUAUAGAGCUGCUCAAAAUGGUCGACGUACUGCGUCAGAUCCUGCUAUCCUGUCAUGGUCCCCACCACGAGGAGGUGAAGAUGUUCUUCCAGUCGCAGAAUCAGCGAGAGGCGUGUGUCACCGCUCUGUUGCUGGCCACUUCCGACAAAUAUCGUGGCGGCGACAUCGCCUUGUGGGCCACCCAGGCGUUCAUGCUGUACGGCGGGGAGCCGUGUUUCCAGCAUCAAAAGUUCCCCAACGCCAGUAAUCGCAACUUGGCGAAUCAAACCCUGGGUAUAAAUACGACAACGGGCAGGGAGCGACAGCCCAUGUUUAUGUCCACGCCAAUGCCGAAUGCCGCGAACAGUCCGAUGUCUUAUCCUGGAUCACAUUUCAAUCAGCCCAUCAGUCCAAUUGGGAAUAUGCAGCCCUCGCAGGCGGUUAGCAACGAGAACACACCAAUUGUAUUUUCGGCCAAACACGACGGUCUCUACCUGUAUGUCUCGCGGAUGUUGCGUUCAAUUUGGCAAAUGCGCUGUGUAAAUGAGCAAUUCUGCUCCAAUCUGACCUACAGCGAUUGUACACUUUUGCAGGCCGAUCUGCGCUCUCUGCGUAGCUUUCUGGAAGUACACUCUGUGCACGAUAUUUCCUCGUCUACUCGAGUUUCAUUUGACCCCCAUUUGGAAAGAACCAAUUCGUACAAUACCAUCAUGAUGAACAACACUCUUUUGCCCAUUCCGGAGCAACGAAUUUUAUCCGAGCAAGCUCAAGUGGAGGAAAAGCGAUCACUUUCCGCACUCAACCUCUUUGUCAAACAUGCCUGCGAGGUAAUAUCACUUUGGAGCAUUCUAAACUCGCAUUCCUUCCAACUGAUUUGCCUGCAACUCAGUCCCGAACAUCAAAAGAUGUUGAAGUGCUGCACCUUCCGUGACCUGCUACUCACACGUUCUGAGGUCUGCGCAUUCUUAAUCAUCUCGCUGAUUAAUCUGUACCUCAAGGAUAAGGCGAGCGUAUCCGAAGUGUCCAAGAACUUGCGCGAGCACUGUCCGAAUCUCUACAGGCAUGAGGAUGAUGUGACCUACAAGGCCACCGAGCUGUUAAUGAAUGCGAAGAACUGCACUUCACCCACCGAGAAGGAGCAAAAGCUGCGAACCACCCUGCAAAUGUGCAAGGAAGCUGCUCCCACACUGCCACUGCAUAGUAUUUGCCAGCAGUUCAUUUCCGCAGAUUUCUUCGAGGGCGUGAUCGAGCUUUCGGCCGUGUGUGCGUCGAAAAGCGAUCCGGAGGAGGUGGGCGUGCACUUCUACAACAACGGAGAGCCAGCCGAAGAUCGCGAAGGCUACACUUGCUUCGCCACAAGAAUGACCUACUACAAGGAGGUGCAACUUAUGCUGGACCAUAUCUACCAGGCUGCAUGCAACAAGUCGCAAGUUCAGGAACAAGCGCAAUCGCCCAGUCAACUCAAAGGCAAAGCCUCCGAUACUAGGAACACUGCUAAGCAAACUAUCCCCAAAAUUGUGGCUCAGACCCUGCGGGUCAAGGACCCCCUGAUCCAUGUGACUCUCUACGAAUGGCUGCUCGCCCACGACAUGCUCAGUGAACUUUUGGACGUGGUCGAGCCUUCAUUGGGAGAGUUCCUGCGCCGCAGUGUGUCGCGAAAUGGAGAGAACGUCGUUCUGAUCGAUUUGUUGUGGAAGUAUUACGAAAAGAACGGCCAUCACUCCCAGGCAGCCCAGAUAUUGGACAAUUUGGCUAUGACACGCAGUGAAAACAUAACUCUGGAACAGCGCAUCGAGUAUUUGGUGCGUGCUGUUAUGUGUAUGCGAAAUGGGAACGUUGGCUCUUCACUAACUAAUGGGAUAUUCCUGAAGGAACUGGAGGACAAGCUGGAUAUUGCUCGAGUUCAAAAGGCAGUGCUUGUCGCAAUGACGGAAUUGGCUCGCCAUAAACUGGAGGCUUCCACGGCCGUAAAGGAGUUAAAUUACGCGCUGUACGAUAUCACACAGCUUUACCAGCAUUUUGCCGAGCCCUUCGACCUCUGGGAGUGCCAAUUGUCCAUACUAAAUUGCUCCCAUCACAACGACCCCCUCCUAAUCGAGUCGGUCUGGGGUAACAUUAUCAACAGCGUUGUCGAGGAGCCGGGCACAACUCUGGAACGCAGCAAUAGGUUGUUCACGAAAAUCGAACUUUUGGUGAGAGAGUACGAGGAAUCGGGAGCCUGCUUUCCCUUUGCUUUUCUCAUAAGGGAGCUGGAGAUCAAAGCCUGCCAGCUGCGCCUGCCCGAGGGAAUAGUGCCGGAAAAACUAGUGAGCAUGAAUCUGGACGUUGAACUGCUCCUGGAAUACUAUUCGAGGAUGAUUUCAAUGAACGAACGUGUUUGGGCAAAUGAAGGCAACGAGUGGCAUUUGAUUCAAUCGGCCAUUAGAGUGGUGUCCCUCCUGGCAGACAACGCACAAUCCAUUUGGUACCGCUCAAAAAGACGAAUCAUUGGCAAGGCUCAAGAUAUAGUGGCCGGCUGCCUGAAUAUUUGCUACCAGAAGCCAGACACAAACCGUCUUCAACAAUCGCUCAAGGAACUUCAGAGUCGACUGCAGCGACUAUUGGUUUAGAGUCCCUUUCCUGCUUAAAAUAAUUAUUUUGAUUGAAUUUAAAAUGCUGGACUAGACGUUAAGUUUGACUGAGAUAUAUAUUGUACUUGUAUUAAAAUGUUAAAUAAAUUGAUUUCCCCACA